AUGGGUAUGAUAUUGGAAUUGUUAAAAGAUGCCUUUGAAGAUGCCAAGAUUCCUGCUUCAUUUUAUGAGGCCAAGAAAACCAUCAAUACACUUGGUCUUAAUUAUACCAAGAUACAUGCUUGCCCAAAUGACUGUAUGUUAUAUUUUGGAAAAUACGAUGAAGGCUUGCAAGAAUGCAAAAAAUGCAAGACAUCUAGAUGGAAAGAUAAAAAUAAAAAGCAACCUGCAAAGAUUUUGCGUUACUUUCCACUAAAGCCAAGGCUGCAAAGACUGUACAUGUGCUCUAAAACUGCUGAAUCUAUGAGAUGGCAUUUUUUGGGGGGUAACCAAGAUGGAUUGAUGAGACAUCCUAGGGAUUCUCAGGCUUGGAAAACAUUUGACUUGCUUCAUCCUGAAUUUGCUACGGACCCUCGAAAUGUACGGCUAGGCCUAGCUAGUGAUGGUUUUAAUCCCUUUGGAGCAAUGUCAACAACCUAUAGUAUUUGGCCAGUGAUUCUUAUUCCAUACAAUCGUCCUCCUUGGGAAUGCAUGAAGCAAUCUUCAUUCAUUCUCUCAAUGAUCAUUCCAGGAAAAAAAAUGCCAGGAAAUGACAUAGAUGUCUACUUACAACCUCUUAUCCAAGAGUUGAGGGAAUUGUGGUACGAUGGAGUGCAAACAUUUGAUUCUUCAAAAAAAGAAACAUUUAAAAUGCGUGCAGCUUUAAUGUGGACAAUUAGUGAUUUUCCCGGGCUUGGUAACUUAUCUGGAUGGAACACAUACACUGAGUUUGCUUGCCCCACAUGUAAUUUUGCUACAAAUUCUUAUAGGUUGAUUCAUAGUAGAAAAUGGUGUUUUAUGGGACAUCGUCGUUUUCUUGAAAGUGGCCAUCGGUUUAGAUUACAACGACUUCGUUUUAAUGGAAAAAUCGAGCAACGGGAGCCACCAAUUACAUUAUCAGGAUCAGACAUCUUGAAACAAAUGGAGGGCAUUCCAGUUAAUUUUGGGAAAAAACCCGAGAUGAAUAAUAAGCGCAAAAGAGCUAAAGGAAAACUUGUUAAAGAUGAAUCGAGACAAUGGAGAAAGAGAAGCAUAUUUUUUGACCUUCCUUAUUGGGAAUCUAACUUGUUGCGUCAUAAUCUAGAUGUUAUGCACAUUGAGAAGAAUGUGUGUGAGAAUUUGAUAUACACUUUGCUUAGUGAUUCUGAAAAAUCAAAAGACAAUCCUCAAGCUCGAAAGGAUCUUAAAGAAAUGGGUAUAAGACAAGAACUUUGGCUAGAUGAAAAUGGAAAUUAUAAGCCUUCUUUGUUUACUAUUUCAAAUACAAAGAAAAAUGGUUUUAAGAAAGAUGUAUUUUUGAGAACUUUAAAGAAUGUCAAAAUGCCUGAUGGAUAUGCAAGCAACAUUUCGAGAUGUAUUGAUUUGAAACAACGAAAGAUCUUUGGAAUGAAGAGUCAUAACUUUCACAUUCUCAUGGAACAGUUGUUACCAAUUGCAAUACGUAAAGUUUUACCUGAUAAGGUGACUGCCGUGCUAAUGGAGUUGAGUUCGUUCUUUCGACAACUAUGUGCCAAAAACUUAAGUCUGUCAGACCUUGACAAGCUGCAGUCUCGAUAUGUUCACACUAUUAACCACUUAGAAAUAUUAUUUCCUCCCACAUUCUUUACAAUCAUGGUUCAUUUGACUUGUCAUCUAGUCGCUGAAGCAAAACUUGGGGGUCCAGUGCAGUAUCGGUGGAUGUAUGCUAUUGAAAGGUAUUUAGGACACUUGAAGUCCUUUGUGCGAAACAUGUCACAACCAGAAGCUUGCAUAGCUGAAGGACACGUUGCUGAAGACGCUCUUAACUUUUUUUCUCAAUAUCUUGAAGAGAUCGAGACAAGAACUAAUAGGCCACACCGUGUUAAUGAUUAUCCUGAGGACAGAGGCUCAACAAAUUCUAGUAUUUUUCCACCAGUUGGUAAAGGAGUAGGAGCUGAAACAUUUGAGUUGUCACCUAUGGUGAAACGCCAAGCACAUCGAUAUGUGGUACUCAAUUGUCCACAAGUCAUGCCAUUCAUUGCGUAA